AUGAACAACUCAACUGCCGGAAAUUUCGACACUAUCGGUUACGAAGAUUGCGAAGAACGUAUUGCCAGAGCAUCUACGGAAAGUUUUCAGAUGUCAACUCUCGGUUAUGUGAUUGCCGAGAUAUGCCUUGUGCUUUUCCUGUCUGGCACUAACAUCCUGGUAGUGAUAGCUGUCGCCAGAUUUCAGGAGUUACGAACAAGUACCAACAUCUUUGUGCUCAGCUUGACCCUUUCGGAUCUGAUGGUAGCUUUAGUUGCCCUGCCUCUGCACAUCACCAUCUUCCUGUUCCCCAGUGUCAAAAUCGUGUUCGCAGUGUGCAUGUUGAGAUACUGUGUCAUUAUCGUAAGUUGUGGAAGCUCCAUCGCAACGCUUAUGCUAAUAUCAGUUGACCGAUACAUCGCCAUCGAGAAGCCGUACAUCUAUAAAAGAGUCAUGUCCAAAACACGCUCCAAGAUCCUCUGCACUGCUGUUUGGACAUAUGCCAUGGCGAAUGGUUCUCUGCCUCUUCUGGGACUGAACCGUUGGUCACCCUGUGUGGACUGUACUUUCACCCUCGUUCUACCAGCUCCCUUCAUUGCCUUCAUCUUAGGCCACAUUAUCAUCGCCGUGGUAAUCAUCGGCACCCUCAACCUUAAAAUCUUUCUUACAGCCAACGCCGUCUCACGAGAAAUUCGUCAACAGAUUGCCACUGUAAACAGGGAACCCACGUCGGACAAGCUAUUCCUGAAAAACAAAAAGGCUGCUGCUGCUUUGGCUAUGGUGUUCGGAGCCUACGCCAUUUGUAACCUGCCAUUUGCCAUUUUCAUGAUCUGGGAGGUUUAUGUAUUAAACGCCAGUUCCUCUCGGAUCAAAUCCGCCCCGUCUUCGUUUCACGUCUUCCGAAUCGGCACUACUUUCUUGUCAUUCAUCAAUUCGGGCAUUAAUCCAAUCAUCUAUCACCGCAGAAUGCCAGAAUUUCGCCGAGCAUUUCGCAAAAUCCUCCGUUUGAAACCCGAAACAGACAGCUAA